GCAGACCCGAGGGACGCUGUUCCCAAGUUCGCACCCGCUCUCCAGUCCGUUGGCCACCAUGCCUUUACCGUCUCCUGGCUCCCCAUGCCCGGACCGCGCCUAACCUCCUGCCUCGUGAUGGCUGCGCCAGCGACCUGUGACAGGGGCCGUGUGGCUGUCACCCUCCGCUACUGCAUGAUGGUUAGUGGCAUGGUGGUUCUGGUGGCUGGGAUACUCUGCUUCGCUUGGUGGAGUGAAGGGGAUGCAGGUGCCCAGCCUGGCCAGCCGGCCCCACCUGCUGGGCACCCCAUGCCUGCCGCUCCCAGGCUCCUGCUCAGGUCUGUCAGCUUCUUCUGCUGCGGUACAGGCGGCCUGCUGCUGCUCCUCGGCCUGCUGUGGUCCAUCAAGGCCAGCGCCUGGGGGCCACCCCAGUGGGACCCAUAUCAUCUCUCCAGAGACCUGUACUACCUCACUGUGGAGCCUUUGGAGAAGGAGAGCUGCAGGACCCCAAAGCUGGUUGACAUCCCCACUUAUGAGGAGGCUGUGCACUGCCCGUUGGUUGAGGGGCUCCUGGCACCUCCUGCAUACCCCGUGGAGGAAGGCCUGACGUGCAGUGCCUCCAGGGAUGCCCCACUCGGGACCCAGCCCACCCUGUCUCCACCCAGCUACGAGAGCAUCAUCCUGGCUGCGGAUGCCACCCCUGGAGAGACAACACCUGGCACUGCCUGCUCCUGCCUGGUCAGCUCAGACCACAGUGAGAGGAAGUUAAAGCUCCUCGCAGGCCCUGAAGCCAGAGACAAAUCAUGAGCUUCUUCCUAGUGUCUAAUACAGUGCCUGGAACACAGUUGGUACUCAACCAAUGUUUGUUGCGGAAUGCUAUGUUAUUUAUCUAUUGCUGUGUAACAAGUGGCUUAAAAUAAAUCCAUUUUA